ACUGCACUUCAAACCCAACACAUACUCACACAUACACGCGCACGCCCGCACACACGCGCGCGCGCACGCACACGCUAGCUCGCACACCACCUCGACUCACUUCUCCAGCUCUGCAGGAGGAAACUUCUCUUUCGCUCUCACUCCUUUUUUUUCCGCGAUAACAGCGGGCAUGCCCGAUCAGGAGAAGACCAAGAGCGCACGCAGGGAUGUGCUCCACGUUUGCAGAUGCACUUUAUAUUUAUUGCUUUUAUUCCUGGACGUGAAGAUUGCGCUCACAGCACAUGAGUCCGACUCUGACACAUUUGCCUUUUUCCACGAGGGGGUGCGGGGCUGUUUGGCCGUACGAGACCACGCACUCUACCUCACAACAUCCUGUCAUGGUGAUGCUCAGCUCUGGAAGUGGGUCACCCGGAAUCGCCUCUUUAACAUAGGCUCCUCCCUCUGCCUGGGCGUGAGAGUGGGAAAUGGGAGUGCCUCGAGUGUCUUGCCUCGGCUCAGCGUGUACCGGUGUGACCGCGAACCCCCUCUGGUCCGGUGGUCGUGGAGCUGCAGCAAGUUCCUUGAUGAUCUCAGUACCUAUUUGCCCAAUCCAAACCCACCCAGAGAUGACCGCAACACCUCAGCUGCUCGGACCUCACCACCAGCUGGAAGCACACGGUGGAGACUUUAUGGUGACGAGCAGGACCUCUGUGCCAAAACAUACCGUGAAAUCUACACCAUCCAGGGAAACUCUCAUGGACACCCGUGUUACCUGCCUUUCCUGUAUGAUGGCCAGUGGUUCCACAGCUGCACCAGCGUGGGGAGAGAGGACGGCCAUCUCUGGUGUGCCACAACACAUGACUAUGGCAAAGAUGAACGCUGGGGAUUCUGCCCUGUUAAGAGUGCGGAUUGUGAGACAUUCUGGGACACAGACUCUCUGAUGGAUAACUGCUACCAGUUUAAUUUCCAGGCCACUCUGUCAUGGGAGGAGGCUCACACCAGCUGCCAGCAGCAGGGGGCAGAACUACUGAGCAUCACCAAGGUGGAGGAGCAGAGCUACAUCAACGGCUUCCUCACUGGUUACAGCUCCACUCUGUGGAUGGGUCUGAAUGAUCUGGACCUCAACGGAGGCUGGCAGUGGUCUGACUCCGCUCCUCUCAAAUACCUCAACUGGGAGGCAGACCAGCCAAACCAUGAGGACGAUCAGAACUGUGGUGUGAUCCGCACCGAGAGCUCAGGGCGCUGGCAGAACAGAGAGUGCUCCAUGGCUCUGCCUUACAUCUGCAAGAAACGGCCCAAUGCCACCCUUGACCCUUUCACCACAGACUCGUGGACAGAUGAUGGACGGUACCAGUGUGAUAUCGGCUGGCAGAACUUCCAGGCUGGCUGCUACAGGCUGAACUCAGACAAGCUGGACUGGAAUUACGCUGAGAAAACCUGCCAGAAGAUGGACGCCCACUUAGUCAGCAUCCACACACUCCCUGAGCUGGAGUUUAUUAAUAUGCACAUGAAAAGAGAUGUAGAAGAGUUGUGGAUCGGACUGCACGAUACUGCCAUGCAGAUGAAUUUUGAGUGGACAGAUCGUACGCCUGUUAUCUUCACAUUCUGGCACCCAUUCGAGCCCAACAACUUCCUGAACACGCAGGAGGACUGCGUCAUGAUGUGGGGUCCUGAAGGCCGCUGGAAUGAUAGCCCCUGCAAUUCCUCUUUACCCUCCAUCUGUAAAAAAGCAGCUCAGAAGACAAAUGGACCGAUCCAAGACCACGGGUGCAGACGGGGAUGGAAAUGGCACAGUCCUGCCUGUUUCUGGGUUGGAGAGGAGUCUGUAACUUUCAACAGUGCUAGAAGAGUGUGUGCUAGCUACAAUGCCACAUUAGCCAUCAUCAACAACAGGUUCGAGCAGGCGUUUGUGAACAGCUUGGUGUUUGGCCGUUCAGAUGAUCAUUUCUGGCUUGGGCUGCAUAAUGAGAACAGCACUGGCCCUUUCCACUGGCUCACUGGAGAGCAACUGACCUACACCAACUGGAACAGAGACCAGCCAGCUCCUUUUAAAGGCGGAUGUGUAACCAUGGCAACGGGGCAUGCUACAGGCCUGUGGGAGGUGAAGGAUUGUGCGAGCGCACGCUCCAAGUACAUCUGCAGACAGGACAAGGGAUCAUUUUACCCAAUCCCCCCUAAACCCCAGCCCACACCCCCUCUCACAGGGUCCUGCCCUCCUGAGUGGAAGAGCUCCAGCACUUUGCAUCAAUGCUACAAGAUCUUUCAUGCUGGUGACCUAGAGAAGAAGCUCACAUGGAUCCAGGCUCAUAUGUUUUGUCGGAAGCACGGCGCUGAGCUAGUCAGCUUUAGCAGCCCAGAUGAGGAGAGCUUUGUGUUUCAGGUCCUCCACGAGACCUUCGGAGAGGAGGAGGAUCAUGAGCAACACUGGAUCUGGAUUGGUAUAUCACGCCGAAUCAGUGACAGCUGGACAUGGAGUGAUGGAUCAGCUGUGUUGUAUCAGAACUUCGGUAGGGGUCCGUAUAGCUCGGCACUGUGUGGAGCAGCUAAUGUGGCAGAUAUGAACUGGGUAAAGGCUGACUGUAAUUCUGAACUAGACUGGAUCUGCAAAAUACCAAAAGGGAAAGCUGAGGUAGAGCCUGAGCCAACUGAAGACUCUGGUCUGGACUGGGUUGAUUUCCAGGAAGCUCAGUAUAAGCUGUUUGAGCAUCGCUCCACGUGGAGCCAGGCACAGAGGAUCUGUUCCUGGUUUGGUGCCUCUCUCGCCUCCAUACAUUCUGCCAGUGAAAAACAGUUCCUAGCAAGCACUCUGCGCAAGAUGUCGAGGAUUGAGAGUGAUCUCUGGUGGAUUGGACUACACACGUUUGAGAACGAUGGACGAUUCCGGUGGUCUGAUCACUCUGUGCUCAACUAUGUGUCCUGGGGUGUUGGCCAACCUCGUCCCCUCACUAGAGACCGCAAGUGUGUCCACAUAUCUGCGUCCAAAGGGGAAUGGGCAGAUAAAAAGUGUCACUUAGAUAUGCCCUAUGUGUGUAAGAGAGUAAAUGUCACAGGCACACCUCCUCCCACUCCGGCUCCUCCACUCAUCCCAGCAGGCUGUCCUGAUGGCUGGAGUCCAUUCCUGCACAAGUGUUAUAAGGUGUAUGGGAAAGAGGAGGCGAGGCGUGUCACAUGGUCUGCUGCCCGCAUGAUGUGCCAAACUCAAGGGGCAACCCUGGCCACAGUGCCCACUCACAUUGAGCAAGCAUUCCUGGUGACUCUGUUGCCCAACUCGAGUUUUCACCUGUGGUUGGGGCUUACCUCAGAUUCUCAGGGACACUUUAAGUGGGCAGAGCCUGGUUUACUUAGCUAUACAAACUGGGGCCCUGGGGAGCCAGUGAGCAACAGUGGACAAAACAAAAAUCCGACUAAUUGUGUGGUACUACUACACGUUAGUCCUCACAGAACCACGGGAAUGUGGGCAUCUCGAGGAUGUGAGUCAGAGAAACAUGGCUACAUCUGCAUGAAAAACAAAGACCCUGCUAUUCCCCCUGGUGUGGACCCUCUUCCCCCUGUUGCUGAGGGGCAGCUGGAGUUUAAGGGCAAACAGUACCGUUUGUUACAGGCGCGGCUAGACUGGGAGGGGGCUCUGCAUGUGUGUGAGUCUGUUAAUGGCAGUCUGGCCUCGGUACGAGACCCACAGCAGCAAGCGUACCUCACACUCCUACUCAAUGCUCUCCGCAAGCCUGCCUGGAUCGCACUACACAGUGACGGGGGCCGUGGAUACAGAUGGCUAGGAGAGGAGGAAGUUACUUUCAGCAACUGGCGUGAUGGAGAACCCAAUCUGAUGGCUGGGUGUGGUCACAUGACCACCAAUGGCCAAUGGACUAUGUCAUCCUGUAAUGCCAAAUUGGAUGCAACCAUCUGUGAAAUGAAUACAGAGCGAGCAGUAGCUCACAGGUGGGUGCUUCCGGGUCACUGCCUUCAGACAAUCGGAGACUGGUCCUGGGUUCCAUUCAGAAACUACUGUUAUGCAUUUAAUCUGAACCAGCUGCGGCUACAGCACGAGGCCGAGCACACUUGCAAGAAGGUGGGAGCGGAGCUACUGUCAGUGCUGGAUGAGAUUGAGAAUGGUUUUGUAUGGGAGCACAUUCAGAGCUACCAGGAGCAGGCUUAUGGCGCCUGGCUCGGCAUGAGCUUCAAUCCCAAAGGAGGCAGCCUGCAGUGGCCAGACAGUUCGGUGGUGGACUACACUAACUGGGAGCAGCAGGAUGGUAAUCUGAGCAUGCUGUCUGCUAACAGCUGCUUCUGGGUACAGAGUAACACUGGGCUCUGGAAACCUGGAUCCUGCAAGAACCGCACACAUGGAGUCAUCUGUAAACGGCCACGAGGACUGGAGGCUUCUGCUGUAGCAGCUGGUGUAGAUCACCUUCCUGCUCUCGUUCUUAUUCUGCUGGCUGUCCUGGUCCUGAUUGCCCUCAUUGUGGGCGGAGUUUAUCUGUAUCGCAGGAGGAGCUCUGGCUCUGCCGGAUCCUAUGAAGGCGCUCGUUACAGUCGCACUAACCUCUCCCCAUCUGAAGAGGCAGAGAAAAACAUCCUGGUGUCGGACAUGGAGCUAAACGAGCAAGGGGAAUAAUGAAGGAUGAUAGAUCAUUAUGAAUGACUCAGAAAACUGGCCUGCACACACGAGGACUAAACUGAACUGACUUCAUGUUUUGUUUUGUUUUGUUUUGAGGGUUUUUAAUGUGGUGACAUUUAGAAAGCUGUGUGGAGCGCAGCAGAUGUCAAUCAAACAUGAAGGUGGAACUCCACCCCUAUUUGGACUGUUGCGUCAUACCUGUACACCAACCAAUCAGAAUCCACCAGUUUUAAAAAUCGGCUCGAAGUGGCUGAUAUGCACAUAGUGUUCUUUUUAUUCUUCACAUUAACUCUUUUUGGAAAUUCAGUUUAUAACCGUGUAUAUGUUCCGUAGUUACCAUCUGGUUCAUCAUAUUUUUAGCAUUACAAAAAAGUCUACCCAAAAAAGAACACACUAGUUCAGAUUUCAAGAUACAAAUGCAUACACACACACACACACACACACACACACACACACAUACACACACACAUGCACACACAACCGCACAAUCUGUACAAAAGUGUUAUACCAUAGCAGUAUUUUUGCAGACUGUGAUGUGGUUCAAUUUUUACUUUAUUCGUCUUUUUCAUUAGCUCCAGCUAAAAGGAGAAUUCAUUUUUGAGUUCACAAAUCAUCUGCCUAUGGAUUUUUCCCCCCUUUUCCCCCUUGCAUAUCGCUUUUCUCUCACCUCUUUGCUUUCUCUGUUUCUCUUUCUCUCUCCAGCUGAAUGUUGGGUGCUGUCUGGAUGUGAUAAUCAUAGUGAUUAGAGAUGAAAGGAAUUGAUAGCAUGUGGAGCGUUUGACAAUGCAGAGGCGAGACAGAGACAUGGAGAGAACGCUGGGGGUAGAAAUGAGCUGUGUGGCUUAAAGAAUGAGAGUAAUUUAAAGGUCUUUUCAGCAUGGCUGGUGCUAGUUAAAGCUCAACUGCGCUGCUGAGAUUAGCUGGUGCUCGGCUCAAUUUGGUAUCUUUUCUUCUUUUUUUUUUUGAGUGCUGUUUAGUAAAUGAGGGCUUUUGAAAGUUUACAAAAAUGAUCCGAGGAAUGUGGCACCAACUACAGCGACAAGCUUGCUGACUUUUUUUUUUUUUAAAUCUUUUUUAGUCAUGAAAUAUUGAUUCAUAAAUUCAUAGAUUCAAGCAAUUCUUUAUCUUUAAGGCCAUUUCUGUUUCUUUUUUGUCUCCCUAACAUUCUUAAAGGGUUUCAGAUUCUGUGGGGUUGCAUUUUUUCCUUUAUUUUUUUUCUCUCUCUCCUUUUGGCAAAGACAUGGGGUUGAAAAGGUGCUGCGGCCAACUGUGGAAUGUCGAGUCAGCAAGUGGAUCAGGUCUGGAACCAAUUUCAGCUUCUGAGGAAUGAGAGAGAGAGAGAAAAAGACACAGAGAGACAGUGAAGGAGAAAGAUAGAGAGACAGCGAAGGAGAGAGCGAGACAGUGAAAUAGACAGAAAGACAGAGGGAGUUGUCCUGAAGGGAACGAAGGGGCAAAAGAGCCUUUAGGUGAACAGGACUCAGAAGAUAUGUGCAAUUUCAAGCUGAAAAGUCUCUGCAGUGCCUCAAGUGGACAGUGUGUGUCAUUACAGUAAGUGAAGUCUGUGGUUUCACAGAAAUAGAUCUUUUAUGAGCAUUUCAUCGCAAUGGAUAUGCUAUGUAUGCAUCCACAAUAAGUGGCCAGUAUUGUGCAUAAAGAUAAAGAAAAUGUACAGCUCCUGCCGUGGUAUUGUUCACUGUUGGAGGUUUGGUCAUGAUGCAGUCAUCCUGAGUCAUACUACACUUUCAGAAUUUGAUAAAAGGCCAUUUCCUCAGCAGAGCAACUGCCACGUAGGCGAGUCUCAGUGCGCUCUGGUUUUUUUUUAUAGCCUCCCAUUCCAUAAAAUGUUUCAGCAUUUUGCAAUAAUCCUUUCCAGAACACUCAUGCAUACAUUUUCUCCACUUUUGACCAGGGAACAUAGGCUAUGUGAUCGGAUAUGGACAUGAUAUUUUAUUUGCAAAACUAGUAAAAAUCAAGUUGCUAAAAAAGUACAUCAUUUAUAUAGUUUUAUAAUUUGUUUUAUUCAAAUUUUCAGCCACCACUGUCUGAGACAGUUGAUUUUUUUCUCCCAGCAAUUUAACUAUAGAACACACAUGAAUAGUCAGAGAAGACGAUGGCAGCAGCAAGAUGGCAGUGUCUUGUUUAACGCUUAUUUGAAACAAUUCACUAUACCAAGAUCAGCUAAAGCAUGUCUGAUUUUGUAGUACCAAAAUAGUAAAAUCUAGAACAUUAAAACACAAAUUUCUGUGGCUAAUAUUAGCAAACAAACUCAUAAGGCCUAGAAAUUCAGUAUGGCAAGAAAACAUGCUUCUGGUUGAUAUUUUAUUUCUUUUACUGAAUUUGGCUUAAUUCAAGGACAUCAUUUUUUGUUUUUCCACAUGGACAUGAGCUGGCUAGCUAACCACCAUUGCUAGUCUUUUAUAGCUAGCUUAAAAAGGUUGCUAACAUCUUAUUCACAGGUACUUGUGUGGUCAAUGCUCCACUUAAUCUAAGGCUAAUACAUAGAUUAUAAUAGAUUAUAAAAAAGCUGUUGUUAUAUAACAUAAAAACAACAGUUUCUGUUGUUUUUCUGCCACUUGUAAGGCAGACAACUACGAUAAUCUGAGGCUAAUAAUAAAUGGAUAAAGACAUUUAUUGAACAUUAAUGAAAGUGUCAGGGAUUUGUAACAGUCAGUAAGUUUUCCACCAUGGGAAAGUCUUCAGUACAGAAGAGUUUGCACUUUCUGGUUUCUCAGUAACACAACAAGCAACACAACAUUUUUUGUCUUCAAGGAAGAGAAGAAUAGAGGCUGGCGAGGGAACAGCUCUUUAAAGCUGCUAUAAUGUAAGUGUUAGCAGGAAAUAACGUCCUUGGGAUGUUCAAAUACAUUAAAUUUAAAUGUAUACAGUUAAAAAGAACAACACAACAUUCAUUAAUAAAUUCAUAAAUAAAAAUUACAUUCAUUGCAAAUUGUUGUGGUAUAAGAGGAAUGAAACACAUGAUAUUAUAAGAAAAUAAUCCCCUUUCGCAUCAAUCCACAUCACGCCAUCGUGUUUUGUUCCUUACUUGUCAACAUUUUUUACAUAAUUGUAUUAACAUCCUGUUGUUAGUAGCUUAUUUUUCCCAGCCUGUGAUGAGGCCCCCUGCUGGCUGUGGGGCCCAUAACAGCCACUUAGUUCACUUGGGAUUUGGCUGGCCCUGUUGUGAUCCAUUUGCUUUAAUCAGAUUGACCACAGUUAGUUGGUAGUAAUGGAAAUUAAGCAAGUAAAAAAAAUGUGACACAAAUAAGCACAUAGCGAUACUGAUGGCUCAUAACCAUAUGUGCACUCACUGUCUGUAAUGUCACGCAUGAAACAAGUGACAAAAUGGCAUUGUACAUGACCACAGAAUAGCUGAGGUUGUGACACAGUUACUGACCCUGUCAUAUACUGUUAUGACCUUGCAGUAGAGGCUAAAAAAUGACUUUAGUUUAAUGUGAUUCUGCAUUUGGAUGAACCAAUAGCUGACUUCAGUGGCUCACUAGUGUUGGGUUUGAUUUGAGGAAAUCAAAAUGUUGGGUUUUUUUCUUUCUUUCUUUUUGUCAGAAGGAGUAGCUGAAUUGACUUGAUUGUUUGUCAGAACAGUUUUCUGAUUUUCCAAUAUGCACCUGUUGUCUACUUGUUUUGAAUCAUUUUUUGUUUGUUUCAUAUGAAAUGAAUAAAGUAUAUGUUGGCUAUG